GUCUUGCGGAGCAGCAGGAAUAAGGAAUUCCGACUGGGUACAAAGUUGCCUCACAAAUACAGCAGCAGACACGAGCUGCACCUGUGUUUUUGGAAAUAGUUGUUUCACCUUACAAAAUGCGUGAAUCACAGGCUGAAAGCUUCAAGAGGAUCCAGGCAGUUAACACCAAUGCAGAGGGUAGCCUGAGUGGGUUCAAAGCCCAUGCAGUCUUCCAGGAGAUCAACAAGAAGCUGGAGGAGGAUGGGGAGGCAUUUGUGAAGAAGAUCGGAGGGGUGUUUGCUUUUAAAGUGAAGGAUGGACCUAAUGGUCAGGAAGCGACUUGGAUAGUGGAUGUAAAGAAUGGCCGAGGUUGUGUUCACAAUGACACCGAAAAGAAAGCCGACUGCACUAUUUCCAUGUCAGAUCAAGACCUGCUCUCCUUGAUGACGGGGAAAAUGAACCCACAGACAGCGUUCUUCCAAGGCAAGCUGAAGAUCACAGGGAACAUGGGAAUGGCCAUGAAGCUCCAAAGUCUUCAGCUGCAGCCAGGCAAAGCCAAGCUGUGAGGUAGAACCUUGGGGUUACAGGCAGAAGUUACCUUCCUAGUACUGGUGCAGGAUCAGCUCUUUUCCCAGUCCUAAACCGAACCACUAAGGGUGACAAAAACAACACUGGUUCCUGCCUGGCACUAUGGGGCCACUUCUACCAUUUCAGUAACAGCAGUUCCCCUCCUCCAGCUAUCAUGAUGACAGGGUGUUCCUCUGUAGGAUUAGAGGGUUAUGGAGAAGAGAAGAACAAGAUGGAAUAAUGGAGAGACUGAUUUCCAUCAAAACCUUUUUCACUCUGAACCUUCUUUUAUUUUUCUAACAUACAUAUUAAUAAUCAGAAAACUCUAGACUAGAGAGACAUACCUGUAGGUGCGCUAAUCGCCAACAGUCAUUUCUUCCGAUGUCUGACCUUUCCCCCCAAUAAGUGUAAUGUGGGUAUUGAUAAUAAAUGAAAAAUGGACCGGGUUAAUAACGUUUGGUCCCGUCUCAGAGCUGUGCUGCAGUCAUUUCUCCCUAUUUUGCCUUUGAGAGAUGAAUUAAUAGAACAGUGAAGUGCCUCUCAGGUGUACAAUAUUUCUUGUUGACAUUUUGAACAAGUGUAAAGCCAUGGAUUAGGUCUCAUGAUAACUUAUUAUUAAUAUCUCAAACGGGACUGUAUGGAUGGACCACUUAGUGAAACUGACUGUUUCAUGUUCAAUUUAACCGUGUUGUGAUUGUUAUUAACCCUGUUACUUUCAAAUAAAUACUGUUUGAAAUAAU